GUCUCCUCUCACCGCUCUCUCACACGACACGGAGAGUCAGUGGCCAAUAAGAAAACUGUCAGUAUAAUUGCACUGGGACGAGUCGAGUUCAUGUGCUGAAAUUUCUGACAAACAAAGUAACGUGCUUCAACUUCAGUUUGCCGUGGGCUUCAGGUGAGAAGGUUUUCGUCAGUGUCUGAAGUGCUUUCAAAUUACUUUUGAUAUUUUUUCAAAGAGAUGACUGAAAACGACCGACACCGCUUGCAGGUGAUAACAUGUGCGCUGUUUACACUCGUCACGUUACCUAUCAAAACCUUGGGGGACACCGACUCCUGCCCCACUGUUUGCGAAUGCUCAGAGUGGAAGACUUACACUAUCUCUUGCUUUGACAUUGAUGUCAUUCCCACAUUUCCUACAAGCACAGAGACAAUAUGGCUUCUGGAGACGCGUCUGACAUCAGUGCCAGGAGAUGUUUUCUCCAACCUAGUCAACAUCUCAAGGAUAUACAUAUCAGUGGACGUAACACUGGCAGGACUUGAGAGGCAUUCCUUCUACAAUCUAAAGAAAAUGACCCACAUAGAGAUCCGGAACGCAAAGAGUCUGUCGUACAUCGACCCAGAAGCAUUUAAGAACCUUCCAAACCUGAAAUACCUGGGUAUUUUCAAUACUGGCCUCACCCUCUUUCCUGAUCUCACCAACAUCCACUCAGAUGAUAUGAACUUUAUACUUGAAAUAGCUGAUCAUCCCUACAUAUCUGAGGUCCCAGCAAACUCAUUCCGCGGUAUUACCAACCAAGUGCUGACAGUGAUGCUGUACAGUAAUGGCUUCACCGACAUUCAACAUCAUGCUUUCAACGGGACCAAACUGGAUGCUGUGUACCUCCAUAGGAACAAGCAUCUGACCAAGAUGGAUGAAAGAACGUUUGCUGGCACUGUUAGUGGCCCAAUGCUCCUUGACGUGUCCCUGACGGGGGUGUCAUCCCUCCCCACAGCAGGCCUGGAAUCUCUCAGGGAGCUGAUGGCCCGCAACGCCUGGAACCUGAAGAAGCUCCCGCCAAUCAAAACCUUCAAACACCUGGUUACCGCAGACCUCACCUACCCCUCCCUGUGCUGUGGUUUCAAGAACCUCAAGAAGAAGAGAGGAUACCUUGAGUACAUCAUCUGCAACCUGACAGCUUUCUACGACCAGCAUCAAAAGAGAUCAGUAGGUCCCCUCAGAGUCCCAUCUCUUCAAAUAGACCCAGCCUCUGACACUGCAGCAGACCGGCACCAGAAGAGAUCCGUGGGUCCCCUCACAGUCCCAUCCCUCCAAGAGGAUCCCACGGGGGAUGCAGCUGACCAGCAGCCCAGCGAGGUGGGCUUCAGAGAUGGGGUGUCCAGAGACACCCAGGGAGAUCCCCGGAGAGACUUCCAAAGCAGCCUCCACUACCACGCUUACUUCGGGGGCCAGCCGGAUGAUGACGUGGGCUUCGGGGAGACACUGAAGAACCCCCAGGAGGACACCAGCCAGGACUUCGACAGUCGCUACGACUACGUGGUCUGUGAGGAGGGCGAGGAGGUGACCUGCGCCCCUGCGCCGGACGAGUUCAACCCGUGCGAGGACAUCAUGGGCUUCAGCUUCCUGCGGGUGUCUGUGUGGUUCGUGUCCCUACUGGCUGUUGUAGGCAACAUGGUGGCACUUCUAGUCCUCCUCACCUCUCACUACAAGCUCUCAGUCUCCCGCUUCCUCAUGUGUCACCUGGCCUUCGCUGACCUCUGCAUGGGGAUAUAUCUCCUCCUCAUCGCCUCUGUGGACCUUCACACCCGGGCAGAGUACUACAACCACGCCAUCGACUGGCAGACCGGGCCGGGCUGCGGGUUAGCGGGGUUCUUUACCGUGUUUGCCAGCGAACUGUCGGUGUAUACGCUGACGGUGAUCACGCUAGAGAGGUGGUAUGCAAUAACGUUCGCCAUGAGGCUGGACAGGAAGUUGCGUCUGCCCCAUGCAGCUGCUGUGAUGCUGGCUGGAUGGUUGUUCUGCCUCCUCCUAGCGAUGCUCCCCCUAGUGGGGGUUAGUAGUUACCAGAAGGUCAGUAUCUGCCUACCCAUGGACACCCAGUCCACCGCGGCCCAGGUGUACAUUGUCUCAGUCCUUAUCCUCAACAUCCUGGCAUUUCUGGUCAUCUGUGCCUGUUACAUCAAGAUCUACUGCACUGUCCAUAACCCGCACUACCGGUCCGGCUCCAAAGACACCAACAUCGCCAAACGCAUGGCCGUCCUCAUCUUCACGGACUUCCUGUGUAUGGCGCCCAUCUCUUUCUAUGCCAUGUCGGCGGUUCUGGACCGGCCUCUCAUCACUGUUUCCAACUCUAAGAUCCUGCUGGUGCUCUUCUACCCUCUCAACUCCUGUGCCAAUCCCUUCCUGUACGCCAUCUUCACCAAGGCCUUCAGGGGGGAUGUCUUUAUCCUGCUCAGUAAGGUGGGGCUGUGCCAGCGCCGGGCACAGCUCUUCAGGGGGCAGACGGUCAGUUCGAAGGGUAGCAGUGGGGUAUGUCACCAGGGCCGGAGAGGUAAGAAGAGAGACAAAAACGAGAAGGGAACAGGAGGACCAGAGGAGGUACCCAUCCACCUGCAGGAUCGUUCUGGGUCUGGUCAAACCUACCUCCAACCCACCUCCCAGCAACCCAGUCCGGAGAACCGUAGCCUGGACACAUGAACUCAAACCUAGCCUGGGGAGAUCAAAGAGUACUGUGAUGGUUUGGUUGGAGAGAGGAGAGGAGUCACAGUGAAAUCAAACCUGGAACUGGAUUGAACUGUGAAGAUAUUUUGCAGCAAGCCAGUAUUUUUUUUUUCUGAACCUUUUCGCACGUUUGACUGUUUUCACAAUUUCUGCUGGGAUUUUUGUCGUUGCAAUUAAUAUACUGACAGUCAAGGAAUAUUACGUGUCAGUGAGAUAUUCUGGUUGAUUGCAGCAAAACUUUGUUGGGAAAUGAUCCUAUUUCGGUCGUUGUUAAUUGUAAAGAUUUAAUUGGGUGUUGAAACUGUUGCUAAAUGUCAGCUGUACUGUAUCUGAAAGCAAAGUUGAUUUACACUUUUGUUUCAAUUGUAGAUUAACUGGAGGCCCCCCCCCCAAAGAAAUAUCUCCUCGAUCAAUGUUUUAUCACAUUUAGCAAAUAAAUCUACCCCGGUUUCUUGUGAAUUUUAAAUCCAUGAUUAUUCAUACCAGACACAAAAAAGGGACAUGUUUUUUUAAACUAAGAGCUAAAUGAAGACAUUGAGAACUUUGAGAGAGGUCUGCAAAAUGAUAUUUGAUUUCUCAAAUGUCAGACCUAUGAAAUUAAGAUUGCUUCGAGGCUCCUGGAUAUUGUCCUGGUACUGUAUUACAGAUCAGCCUGCAGGUCCAGGGUGAUCAGAAACUAGACCUGACUUCAGACAUGGGAAAUACUGCAUCCCUUAAUGUUGCACAAUGUGUAUACUGUAUAGAAAUGAGAAGAGUAAUCCAUGUACAAAGGCAUAACAUGCUAAACUUUGUUGUGAUACUGCAUCUUUUUAGUGUGCCUUUUUAAAAAUGUUAAUUAACAAACCAGCUACAUAAAGGAAGUGAGGAAAUGUGUUAAUCGUCACAUGGCAUCAAUCUAUAGGAACCAUAAUGUGAAAACCAGACAUGAGUGUUUUUACCGAGCCGUUCUCUCUGAAAAGUAUCUACAGCGUAAGUGAUCUGGUUUUGCCCCAAAUGUAUAUUACAUUCCAGCGAUACAUUAAACAUUGGUCUCCUUAUUUUUCUUCUUCUGGUUGUCCUAUUUAAUGUUGCUACUGAACUGAUCCAAAUAAACAUGUAAAGAAUUUCCA